CACCUUCUUGCUUCAUUCGUCUCUCUUAAAGUUGGCUACAUUUUCCGUCAUCUGAAAUCCUUCUUCAAACGCAUAUAUAACUGAUUUCAGAAGACUUGAAAGAGUUAUUUGAACAACAAAAAAUGCCGCAGUUGCUUCAUGGUACGCUCAUGGCUACCAUAUAUAAAGUUGAUAAGCUACGCACUGGAAUCAAUUUAUGCUGCAGCAAGACUCCCAAAAAAUUUGUAGCUCAAAUUAAGAGAGCACUUCUUUGUCGGCCUGAGGUUGUUGGAUCAAAACUCUAUGCAUCAGUUGAUCUAGACAAGGCUAGAGUUGGACGAACAAGAAUGUUAGACAAUCAACCAAACAAUCCAAAGUGGAACGAGUCCUUCCGCAUAUCCUGCGCCCAUUAUAUCUCACAUAUCAUAUUCACUAUCAAAGAUGAUGAUGUUGUUGGGGCAACACUACUUGGAAGAGCUUAUGUACCAGUUGAACAGAUCAUCAACGGUAAUGAGGUCGACAGAUGGGUUGAGAUCCUUGAUGAAGAGCACAAUCCAAUACAUGGCAAUUCUAAAAUCCAUGUAAAGUUGAAAUUUCUCAGUGUAACACAAGAUCCCAAUUGGUCUAGAGGAAUUGCAAGUCCUCAAUAUGACGGAGUUCCAUGGACAUUCUUCAAACAAAGAACAGGUUGCAGAGUUACACUUUACCAAGAUGCCCAUGUUGCUGAUGAUUUCAAGCCUUGGAUUUUUUUACGUCCUGGAGAAGCUUAUCAACACCAGAAUUGCUGGGUGGACAUUUUCGAGGCAAUUUCAAAUGCAAAACACUUGAUUUACAUCACUGGCUGGUCUGUAAAUACUGAAAUAACUCUAAUAAGAGAUCCAAAAGGUCUGCAAAAGCCAGGAAGCAAUCUCACACUUGGUGAGCUUCUCAAGAAGAAAGCAGACGAAGAUGUCAAAGUUCUUAUGCUUGUUUGGGAUGACAGAACUUCAAAUGAACAAUUUAAGAAAGAUGGAUUAAUGGCAACUCAUGAUGAAGAAACCGAAAAUUACUUCCGGAACACCAACGUGCACUGCAUGUUGUGCCCCCGGAAUCCAGACGAUGGAAGAAGCAUAGUGCAGGGAUUUGAGAUUUCGACAAUGUUCACUCACCAUCAGAAGAGUGUUAUUGUUGAUUGUGAAGGGUUGCAGGGAGGGUCAGAAGCAGAGAGGAGGAUUGUGAGUUUUGUUGGUGGCAUUGAUCUUUGUGAUGGAAGGUAUGAUACACAAGAUCAUCCGCUAUUCGAAACUUUGGGAAAUAUUCACCAUAAAGAUUUCCAUCAGCCAAAUUUCACCGGCUCAUCGAUCAACAAAGGCGGUCCGAGAGAGCCUUGGCAUGAUAUUCAUUGUCGGCUCGAAGGUCCUGUUGCUUGGGAUGUCUUGUACAACUUCGAGCAGAGAUGGAUUAAACAAGUAGGCGAUAAGAUACUAAUUCCACCAAACCAGCUUGACAAGAUCAUUACUCAUCCAUUACCUGUUACCACAGCUAAUGAUCCCGAAACCUGGAAUGUCCAGCUUUUUCGAUCCAUCGACGAUGGAGCUGUUUCAGGCUUUCCUCAGAACCCAAGGGAUGCUGCAGAUUACGGUCUUGUCAGUGGGAAAAAUGUCAUCAUUGAUAGAAGCAUUCAGGAUGCGUACAUCCAAGCCAUUCGCCGAGCCAAAGAUUUCAUCUACAUCGAAAAUCAGUACUUCCUAGGAAGUUCAUAUGGAUGGAAAUCGACCGAUAUCAACGACGCAGAUAUCAAUGCUCUGCAUCUAAUACCAAAAGAGCUUUCACUGAAAAUUGUUAGCAAGAUUGAAGCAGGGGAGAGGUUUACUGUCUACAUUGUUAUCCCAAUGUGGCCUGAAGGACUUCCUGCUAGUGCUUCUGUUCAAGCUAUAUUAGACUGGCAGAGGAGGACAAUUGGAAUGAUGUAUUCUGAUAUCAUACAAGCACUUCAAAGAAAAGGUUUGGAUGAAAACCCCAUGGAUUAUCUAACAUUUUUUUGCCUUGGUAAUCGGAAGAAACAGAUUCCAGGUGAAUAUGUACCUCCGGAAGCACCGGAACAAGAUUCCGAUUAUAGUAGAGCUCAGAAAUCCCGGCGUUUCAUGAUCUAUGUUCAUUCUAAAAUGAUGAUAGUUGAUGAUGAAUACAUAAUCAUUGGAUCGGCCAACAUAAACCAGAGAUCGAUGGACGGUGCAAGGGACUCUGAGAUUGCUAUGGGAGGAUACCAACCACAUCAUUUAGCAGGAGAUAGACCAGCAAGAGGUCAGAUACACGGAUUUCGAUUGGCGCUCUGGUUCGAACACCUUCAGGUUUAUGAUGAAUCCUUCAAAUAUCCACAAACUGUGGAAUGUAUCAGAACAGUGAACCAGAUUGCUCAAAAAAACUGGAAUAUUUACUCGGGCACAACUGUUGUGGACCUGCCAGGGUAUUUGCUUCGCUACCCCAUUGAAGUAUCUAGGAGUGGAGCUGUUGAAGUAUUGCCGGGGUUCGAGUUCUUCCCGGAUACAAAAGCUAGAGUCCUUGGCACCAAAUCUGAUUACCUUCCACCAAUCCUCACAACCUAGAAAUAUACUUAGCCUGUAUUUAGAUUCUCUUAUUCAAGAUGGAAGUUGAUAACUUGCAGGAACGUUUCUGUGAUGAUUAAUUUGGUAUGAACCAUCACACCAUCAUUUGUGUGAUGUGUAGAUGCAAGUUUUUUAAUUUCUAGGAUCUCGGAUAAGAAAAUUUCUUUAUAUAUAUAUAUCUAUAUAUGUACAGGACAUACACAAGCAAAUUGUUACUGAAUUCAAAGUUGUGCUCCAUGUCA